CAUGCGCUAGCCUCAUCCGGGGCCCGGGUUGGUUGCCCGCAGCCCAUUCUCAGCAGCGACCAACCCAAAACGUGGUCCGGGGCGGACUGGGGAGGUGGCCGAGCCCCGCAGCCACGCGCGCAUGUCCCCGGGACACACCCACGCACACCGUCUUCCCAGCCCCGCGUGCAUCUCCCAGACACACACCCACGCACACCGUCAUCCUGCCCCGCGCGCAUCUCCCCGGCACACACCCACGCACACCUUCUUCCCAGCCCCGCGCGCAUAUCCCCGGGACACACCCACGCACACCGUCUUGCCAGCCCCGCGCGCAUCUCCCAGACACACACCCACGCACACCGUCUUCCCAAUCCCGCGCGCAUCUCCCCGGCACACACCCACGCACACCGUCAUCCAGCCCCGCGCGACCAUCUCCCAGAGACACACCCACGCACACCGUCAUCCAGCCCCGCGCGCAUCUCCCGGGCACACACCCACGCACACCGUCUUCCCAGCCCCGCGCGCAUCUCCCGGGCACACACCCACGCACAGUCUUCCCAGCCCCACGCGCAAGCCAAGCCUGGGCGCGGACGAGCCUCCGAGUGUCGGAGAGCCGCGAAAGCUCCACUCACCCGCCUCUUCCGAGCUGGAUCAGGGGAGGAGCGGCGAGGGGAGGCUGGAGAGACCCUUCUUUGCUUUUCGCCCUUCCAGAGAGUGGAAAUUUCCGUCGUGUGAUAGCGGGCAGCAUCCCCAGUGUCGCGUUUCUGGCGGACCCUCCCUUCCAGCCUGGGCACCAAUCACAGCGAGGCAACCUGAGCUGCUCAGGAAAGCAUCCUCCCAGGCUGCCAGAAGUCACGCCUCGACCCCCUCCCCUCGGCGCCAUCUUGCCACAGCCAACAGUGAAGGAUCCAGGCCGUUCCAGCAGGCACUGCAAGCCGGAGAAUGCUCCGGACCCCAGACCGGGCCAACAACACCGGGGUGCCAGACGAUAAAGGUACAGCCAGCACGCCUUCUCCAGAUGGAGCCCCCGUGACACUGAGCUUUCACUAACACGGCUCCGGUAUGCAGGACUGGGACAUCUCCUGAUAUACAUAAAAUAUGCUCAGGAAUGGCUCCGCCACCCCUGACCGUCCAAUAUCCCAGAGGCACAGAAACCAAUCUCAGAAUGUAGCGGCUGCUGGCAGAUAUACUCCUGGACUCUGAACUAUGAAACGGCCCCAUGCAGCCUCGGGAGGGGAAGGGUUUCUGUCCCUUGGCCUUUCCCGCCCUGGACAGCAUGGCAACCGACAUUGUUCAGAACCAGUUGGACAGAGAGGUGGGAGUUUGCAGUGAUGGGAUGAGAUGCAUGGCGAAUCUUGCAAUGGGAGAGGCAGAACCGGCCCUGCCUCCUGCCCAAAUGAGACCCCGAGUGGUCACCCAUGAACAGCUCCUGCGCUCCUGAACAGCAGUGAUCCCAGCGCCACAGAAACCAAUCUCGGAAUGCAGCGGCUGCUGGCAGAAAUACCUCUGGACUUAAUGCCAGAAUUCCAAAACUGGGCGGCCACUUUCGCGACUGUGCAACAUCAUAUGCUCUUUGUUACCAACAAUAGAAAACAUACAAUCUAAUGAUGCCAUUCCAACAGGUCUGACUGUUGGGGGAAAACCUCCAAAUAAUGAUAGUGAGUUUCCUGUCGAAAAUUGAAUGUAAUCAAAGUCCUUGAAGAAUGUCAUAUGAUCAUAGCAAUCGAUGUUUGCUGCAACAAAGCCAAAAUAUGUUUGUGUGUCUGUCCAAAAGAAAGAAAGAUUAAGAAAGAAAUUACAUAUAAAGGAAAGCCCAUAAGAUUCACAGUGGAUCUAUCAAAUGUGAC